GUGGAGUCUCCCUCUCCGGUUCCCAGGAACCAGUUGUGGGGGUGUUUGGACAGGACAUCAUCUUGCCCUGCCAACUCUCACCUCCUGUCCGCCUACAAAACAUGGUGCUGCUCUGGAGGAAAUUUGAAACUGAAAAUAUAAUUAUUCGCAGCUACACGGACAGAGAAAACGAGGAGCUGCCAGGGAUUGGCUAUAAGGACCGGACGGAGUUGUUCCCCCAUGAGUUCAUCAGGGGAAACCUGUCCCUGAAGCUGAAGAGCUUGAGGAUGAAGGAAGCUGGACAAUAUCAGUGCUUUGUGCAAAGUGCAGAAGGAAACCACGAGGCCUACGUGGAGCUCCAGAUACAAGCUACUGCACCUGUGAAGAUUUCUGUGAUGGGGCCUGAGGGGUCAGGGCUAGGGCUGUCCUGCAAAUCCAUGGGGUGGUUCCCCAAGCCGAAGGUCCACUGGGCCACACAGGAUGGGCGAUCUCUGGAAAUGAAACCAGUGACCACAAUCACACAAAAUGAGCAGCAGCUCUACACUCUUGAGAGCCGCAUCACAGUCCCUGCAGGAAAGGAUGUUGGUGAGAUACGGUGCACUGUGCAAAACACCCUGACGGGCAUGGAGCGGAAUUCGGCCAUUGAGCUUGAAGGAGAUGUCUUCCCUCGUACAUCGCCCUGGCUACCUGCCUUCUGGGUGCUGUUUGUGUUGGUCCUCCUGGCCCUUGCAGCUGCAGCGUUUUUUGUUCACCAAGCCAAAGGGAAGGUGGACAGGAGGAAAGCGGAUCAGGAGAAGGCUCUUCUGGACAAGGACUUCCGACGGGCACGGAGUUACCAGGUGGACAUUGCCCUGGACCCAAGCCACAAGCACCCUGAACUCAUCGUGUCGGAGAACGGCCGAUGCCUCCAGUGCUCUCCCUCCUCUCAGGGGUCAGCCCCCUGCGUCGCUGUGGGGCACCGGGGCUUUGCAUCGCAGCGAGCUUACUGGGAGGUGGAGGUGGGCGAUGGGGAGGGCUGGGAGCUGGGGGUGCUGAGUGAGAGCACCAGGGCACAGGUGAAACAAGGGGAAUUAGAGGAACCACCCAAGGAGGGCAUCUGGGCCAUGGGGAGAGUGGAGGGACGGUACCACCCCGCCGAGGCUGACACACGGCUGCAAGGGCAGGAGAAGGCAGUCGUCAUUGGGGUGUUUCUGGAGGGAGAAUUGGGGAAACUCGUGUUUUAUAACGUUGCCACUAUGGCCUUGAUUGUGGAGAUCCCUGUGCCUGAGUCACAGAUGCUCUACCCUUUCCUCAGUCUCAGUCCUGGCAGUGGGGGAGUUGGCAGGGAUCCCCUUCGCAUCUGCCCCCUCAGUGACUGGGAUUUCCCACAGAUAUUAGUGCAGAAGCGAUCUAGAAAUGAUGCCAAGAGCAAGGGCAAAACAGGGCACCCGGGUGGCGGCUCCAGCCAGGAAGUGCUGGCAAACAAUUCGGGACCAUCCUCAGCAAGUCAAAACCCCGUUGCCUCUGGCUCCAAUGAUAGAGGGAGGCAGGAAUCCUGCCAGACAGAUCCAGAACCAUCCCCAAGCCCUCGGGAGCAUCGGCAACCCUCUGAUGAGGACAAAGCUGGAAUAACAGCAGAAAUCCCUGAGGAGGGAGGAUCCUCUCACACAUCUGGGCACACAGAGACCGAGAAGAAAGCCCAGACAUGA